AUGGCUUCCACUAGCAACAUUAUUCUAUUUUCAAAUUUCAUUGGCUCAAAUGUGUUGUUCUCAUUUCCAAAUGCUAAAACAAACAUAAUCACAAGAAACAAAUUCAUAAUCCCAAAAUCAAGUGUUUUGAAAGAUUUGAAUUCUCAGUCAAAAGCCAUUCUUGCAGCUAGACGCGAACUCAAGGAAAUAAGCAAAGAUGAGAUAGCAGAUGCUUUAGAAAGAAUCAUUGCUGGGCCUGAAAAGAAAAAUGUUGUUGUUUCAGAAGAGAAAAAGAGGCUUGUCGCCUAUCAUGAAGCUGGGAAUGCACUAGUUGGUGCAUUGAUGCCCGAGUAUGACCCUGUAGCCAAGAUAUCCAUCAUUCCUCGUGGUCAAGCCGGUGGUCUGACAUUUUUUGCACCAAGCGAAGAACGUCUCGAGUCUGGUUUGUACAGUAGAAGCUACCUUGAAAACCAAAUGGCGGUUGCACUUGGUGGAAGGGUUGCUGAAGAGGUUAUUUUUGGGGGUGAAAAUGUUACAACAGGCGCAUCUAAUGACUUUAUGCAAGUUUCCCGGGUGGCAAGGCAGAUGGUAGAGAGGUUAGGAUUCAGCAAGAAAAUUGGCCAAGUUGCUAUAGGUGGAGGCGGUGGAAAUCCUUUCUUAGGCCAACAGAUGUCAUCUCAAAAGGAUUACUCAAUGGCAACGGCCGAUAUAGUCGAUGCUGAGGUGAGGGAGCUAGUAGAAAAGGCAUACGACAGAGCUACACAGAUCAUUACUACACAUAUUGACAUCUUACACAAACUCGCUCAACUUCUUAUCGAGAAAGAGACCGUAGACGGGGAAGAAUUUAUGAGCCUCUUCAUUGAUGGCAAGGCGGAACUUUAUCUUGCAUAGGUUCAAAAUUCAUGCAUGUAAAAAAAUUAAAUCAAACAUUUUAUAGCAUACGAUGGAUAGGAAGAUAUAUUGCCAUAGUUUGUAACUGUAAUACGUUGGAUUUGUUGGACGAGGUGUGUCUGGUGUGACCAAAGAGAGACCAACUUUGAAUACUUUAGAUUUUCCAUGGGGACAUAAAUGGACUAAACAAAAUUGAGAAA